AAAGUUUUAUUUAUAUAUGUGAUGGAACUACAGAUGAUUUAUUAUGGGAUUCAAAAUGUUUUAAAUAUACCAUACAUUCAGAUGUUUGGCAAUCUAUACAAUCCAUGUCCAUUCAACGAAAAUGGUUAGGCAUGGUUUAUUAUGAUAGAAAAUUGUUUGCAAUGGGAGGUCUAAAUGAAAAAGUUUUAGACAGUGUAGAAAUGUUUGAUAUACAGACAAAUAAAUGGAAAUCAAUUGCACCGAUGAGAACAAUAAGACAUUCAUUUGAUGCUGCAGUAAUUGAUAAUACAAUUUAUGUAUGCGGUGGACAAAAUGAAGUCAGUUUUAAAUCUUGUGAAUAUUAUACGCAAAAUACCGAUAUCUGGUAUUUUGCUACACCAAUGACUACAGAAAGAUCUGGUUUAGCACUGGUAGUACACGACGGCUAUCUAUAUGCUAUUGGAGGUCAAAAUAAAAAUAAUGAUAAUUUAAAUUCAAUGGAAAGAUACGAUACAAAAACACAACAAUGGACUUCUAUGGAUAAUAUGAAAUCUAAAAGAUGGUAUGCAUCGGGUGCAUCAUUUAUGGGCAAAAUAUAUGUGUGCGGCGGUUAUGAUAGUAAUUAUCUAAACUCAUGCGAAUCAUUUGAUCCAAUUACAAAUCAAUGGACACCAAUUGCAUCAAUGUUACAUGUUAGACGGGAAUUCAAAUUGCUUGUUUUCUAUGACAAUCUAUAUGCUAUUGGUGGCUAUAAUGAAACGAGAUUGGAUACGGUUGAAAUAUAUGAUUAUAAAUCUAAUCAAUGGUAUUAUACAACACCAUUGCCACAUCCAUUAUGUGCAUUCGGGGCUACUGUUAUAACAAGUAAUUAA